AUGCAGCUCAUUGACUCCCAUGAGAUCAUUUCUCUGACAAUGAAGCUGCUGCUGCUGUCCGUUCUCCUUCUGGUGCCACUAUGGGCCAGCUGCUCGGUCAUCUUCCUCCCGCUGGACUGCAGCGACAUCCACGACCGGGACCAGAGUCUACCCAGCGGCGUGUACAUCAUCUACCCUAUCGGAGCCACGUCUGGUGUCCAGGUCUUCUGUGACAUGGAGUCCCAGGGAGGAGGCUGGACGGUGUUCCAGAGGAGGCUGGACGGCUCGGUGAACUUCUACAGGCCCUGGAACCAGUACAAGGCGGGCUUCGGUACCGCUGCUGGAGAGUACUGGCUGGGCCUUGAGAACCUCUUCCAACUCUUUGUGAGGAAUAGGUACGAGCUGCUGGUGGACAUGGAGGACUUCAAUGGGAACCAGGUGUUCGCUCGGUACUCCUCGUUCUACAUCGAGUCAGAACCCUACGGAUACAGACUGCAUGUGUCUGGAUUUACUAAUGGAGGGGCAGGAGACUCCCUGAGUUUUCACAAUGGACAGAAGUUCUCCACCUUCGACAAAGACCAGGACCUCUCUAGUGUGAACUGUGCCAGACUAUUCCUGGGGGGGUUCUGGUACAACGGCUGUCACUUUGCAAACCCUAACGGUGUCUAUCGUUGGGGGGCAGACGGCACUCUCUUUGCUGUUGGAGUUGAAUGGUUCCGGUGGAGGGGUCAUGACUACUCCCUGAAGACCAUCAGCAUGAAGAUCCGUCCUGUGCAGUAAACCUCCAGGACGAUCCUUCAGCAGAACA